AAUGUCAGCAACUUAUGUUAGAGAAUUAUUUUUAAUCGUUUAAAAUGUACACAAGAGCGUAACAUGUCUGAAGUAGAGAAACGCUUCCUGUCGGAACAAAGACCAUCAUUGUUCUUUCAAAAUAAAAUUGGAUAUAAACACGCUACAACAAUUAGAAAUGCCUGGUCACAGAUAAUGAAUCGUACCAGCAGUUUCUUCACUUUUAAUUGAAAUCAGUUAAUUAGUUAAAGCAAUUAAGUAGCGUACCAUAAUUUUCAUAUCAAACAAACUUGUUUGACAUUGAAGUUGAACCCGGAAGCGUCUCAAACUCAAGCUAGCUUGAGCUGGCUAGCCAAUCACGACGCAAUCUUCGGAACAAAUAUUGUGGAAUUUAGUCAUCUCAGGGGACAAAUUUGUCGCUUUUAACCGUCAGGUGGUCUUCCUUGGAGGGGCGGGGGGGUGUUGUUGCCAAGAUGAUUCCGACCGAGGACGCGUCCGCCAGGAAGAGAGAAAUUGAGGAGAAACUGAAGCAGGAACAAGAGACGCUGUCAUUCAUCCGCGAGAACCUGGAGAAGAGUGAUCAGCUGACCAAUGGCAUGGUGUCCAUCCUGUCGUCCUUCGAGAGCCGCCUGAUGCAGCUGGAGAACUCCAUCAUUCCGGUCCACAAGCAGACGGAGAACCUGCAGCGUCUGCAGGAGAACGUGGACCAGACGCUGUCCUGCAUGGACCACGUCAUCAGCUACUACCACGUGGCCAAGGACACGGACCGCAUCAUCAGGGAGGGACCGACGGGCCGACUGGACGAGUAUCUGGCCUGCAUUGCCAAGAUCCAGAAGGCCGUGGAGUACUUCCAGGACAACAAUCCCGACAGCCCCGAACUCAACACCGUGAAAGGCCGCUUGGAGAAGGGCAAGGAGCUCCUGGAGGCGGAGUUCCGCAGCCUGCUGACCCGCUACAGCAAGCCGGUGCCGCCCGUCCUCAUCCUGGACGCCAUCGGCGCCGACGAGGAGCUGGACAUGCAGGAGGACGUGGUGCUCGAGCACCUGCCCCAAGCCGUCCUCCACGACAUCAUCUGCAUCGGCGGCUGGCUCGUGGAAUACGGACGCAAUCAAGACUUCAUGACAGUUUACUUCCAGAUCCGCUCCAGCCAGCUGGACCGCUCCAUCAAAGGUCUGAAGGAGCACUUCCGCAAGAACAGCGCCUCGUCCGGCGUCCUCUACUCGCCCGCCGUCCAGGCCAAGCGCAAAGACACGCCCACCAAGAAGCUUCCCAAGAGGCCCGGGACCAUUCGCAAGGCUCAGAACCUUCUGAAACAGUACUCACAGCAUGGGCUGGAUGGCAAAAAGGGGGGUACCAACCUCGUACCCUUGGAAGCAGGUUACGAUCACGACCCGCGGGUCAGACGCACCACUGACGCUCUGGCCGACAAGCACGGCGGCCCCCCAGGUAAAGAUGACGCUCUGGACGUGGAGAUGGACUCGUACAUCCACUGCAUCAGCGCCUUCGUCAAGCUGGCGCAGAGCGAGUACGCCCUCCUCAGCGAGAUCAUCCCCGAACACCACCACAAGAAGACCUUCGACUCGCUCAUACAGGAGGCCCUGGACGGCCUGAUGGCAGAGGGCGACAACAUCGUGUGCGCGGCCCGCCGCGCCAUCCUGCGCCACGACUACUCGGCCGUGCUCACCAUCUUCCCCAUCCUCCGGCACCUCAAGAGCAACAAGGCCCACUUUGACGCCACGCUGCAGGGUACGGCGGCGAGCACCAAGAACAAACUGCCCGCGCUCAUCACGUCCAUGGAGAACAUCGGGGCGAAAGCGCUGGAGGAGUUCGCAGACAGCAUCAAGAACGAUCCCGACAAGGAGUACAACAUGCCAAAGGACGGCACCGUGCACGAGCUGACCAGCAACGCCAUCCUGUUCCUGCAGCAGCUGCUGGACUUCCACGAGACGGCCGGCGCCAUGUUGGCCUCACAAGUCCUGGGGGACACUUACAAUAUCCCUUUAGACCCCCGAGAGUCGACUUCUUCAUCCAGCAGCUACACGUCGGACUUCAACAAGCGCCUCCUCAGCGCGUAUAUCUGUAAAGUUCUGGGAAACCUUCAGCUGAACCUGCUCAGCAAGUCCAAAGUGUACGAGGAUCCCGCUCUGAGCGCCAUCUUCCUCCACAACAACUACAACUACAUCCUCAAGUCUCUGCAGAAGUCCGAUCUGAUCCAGUUGGUGACGGUGACUCAGAAGCGAGCUGAGACUUCAUACCGAGAACUCAUCGAGCAACAGAUUCACGCGUACCAACGCAGUUGGCAGAAGGUGACGGAGCACCUGAGCGAGCGAAACCUUCCCGUCUUCCAGCCCGGCGCCAAGCUCAAGGACAAAGAACGGCAAGUCAUCAAGGACAAGUUCAAGGGUUUCAACGAGGGUCUGGAGGAUCUGUGCAAGAUCCAGAAGGGAUGGGCCGUGCCCGACAAGGAGCAGAGAGACUUCAUCCGACUCGCUCAGAGGAGAGAAGUCACGGACGCCUACGCCAGCUUCCUGCGCAGAUGCGCCAACCUGUCGUUCACCAAGAACCCGGAGAAGUACCACAAGCACCGUCCGGAGGAGGUGGAGGACAUGAUCGACAGGCUCUUCGACACGUCCGCUUGAGCGGCCGCCGGCCAAAUAGCGCAAGAAUCGCAUGUAAGCAUUAAAGCAAAUGUCCUUUCACUUCUA